GUCCAUGCUUAACUUUUUCUUCCAACCAAGUUUUAGGUGUAUAGUUUAGGGGAAAGUUAGUUACAGUACAGUAUCUGAUAUUGAAUGGCCAGAUUUGAGCUCAAAAGCACCCGAAAUAGCACGGUGGGAAAAACUCGUAGAAAACAGCAGCCGUUGUACUGCACUCAUGGCCAUCAGAAAAUCAUUGCUCUGCUCCGGGCCUUUUUUUUAUCGAACUAAUGGAAGAAAGAAAGCAGCCCUCCGGCCCCCUCCUCCCGAUACGUUCGUUACAGUGGUUGGGGUUGGACGGACUCGGACCUCGAGCCUCGACAUUGUUGGCCACAGUCACUGGCCCAACCGUAGUACUCGUACGUUCAACGUCGUCGCCUCUUCCCGUAGAUUAGGAGCUAGAUCCAAGUGA